UGAUUCCAUGCCUCCUCAACAUUCCACGGUGUUCUGGGUGAAACGACAAUCGUGUACCUCUAUGAGUCGCCAGCCGUGGAAGGGGACUGUGUUGAUCGUCGUCUUUCUUUGUGUCUGGGUUUUCUGUCUCUCUGUGCCUCUUCCCUUCCUCGAAUGGAUUUUUUUGCAGCGCUGCCGUCUUGAUCUCUCCGCCCUCCCCCACCAAAAGCUGAGGCUAUUGUGGGUGACACGAAAGCUGCACCGUUGUACGAUCCUGACCGUGUCGUGUCAUUGUGCUUCACGUAAUAGUCUGCAGACAUUUCCCCACGGAGGGGGGGGGGGGGGCAAUUGUGAUGUGCGUGGUGUUUUUAGAUGUAUGUUCUUCUACUGGUCUCGUCUUGUUUAAAUACUCGCUAUCGCCGUGUCGCCGGAGCCUAGGCGAUAAUUAUAAACGCAUCGCCCGUUGCAUCUUCGCUGCAGGUCGCUUGCGAUAGCUAGAGGGCGCCCGUGUGCGUCCUUUGUUUAAAGUGUUUGUUCAUGCCGCAUUCCAUGCACGCCGCCUGUUCCCGCUACCAGGUUCAGCUGGACCGAUACCCUCCCCCCUUCCCGUCGUGGGCUCUUAAGAGCCGCAGGGACCUUGUGGGAGCAAAGGCUCCUUGAAAGGUCUAUAGCCAGCAAAGGUGCACGUAAUUGGGGUAAAUCAGCACGCCUUUAUAUUGCCACGGCCAGUUCAUCAGACUCAGCCAGAAGCGCCCGGGCCCGCUGGUGCGUGCGCGAUUGGCCGCUUGGGUGGGCGCAAUGCCAGGUGCCCUCCGCGGUGCGGUGAAGUUGAGCGCGUGCUGGCGGCGUGGGCUGGCACUGCGGCGCGUGUAGCACGCCAGACAGAGUGGCCCCGUCGUGCGAGGCGAGGCGCGUGUCGUCAGAACCGCUACCGCAGCUGCAGCUGCUGCUGCUGUCGUCUGCUAUUGCUUGCUGCUGUCACCACAGCUGGAGUCACUUAUUCACCAACUGCGUUAACACGCAGGAGAGAGUGAGGUUGUGGUGGGGGUGCGCGCUUUAAAUCCGAGGCGUCGCGCGCGGUGGAAUAUUUCCAUUAUCGCAGGGGAGGUGGUGACCACGAGUGUGGUUCGGUGCGGUGGACGAGUUUGGUGCGAUUUGUGAAAGGCGUGCGGUUCGUGCGGCCGGUUGUAUCAAACAGCCGCAAAGACAACAACAAACCACACAAACACACAACAGGAAAGGAAGAAUAUUCCUACGCGCUCAGCGCAGGCGAGGCACGGGUUGUGUUUGCGCACGCGACUCGACAAGGACGUCGUCCCGACGGCCAUGGACCUCAGCGCGGGCAAGGAUGUGGACGAGGACAUGGAUGACGGAAUCCCGUGGAGCGACGUGAGGCCAGAGCAGCUCCACUCCAUGUGCCAGAGACUCCGCGGGCUGAGGAAGCACAAGAAUGCAGCUCAAAGGCUCCGCUGCCUGGUGAAACAGCUGGAGAAGGGCGAGCUGCCCGUGGCCGAACUCCGCAGGAACAUCGAGUACGCGGCCUCUGUGCUCGAAGCUCUCUACAUAGACGAGACCAGACGGCUGCUCGACUCGGAGGAUGAGCUGGGCGACAUCAGCUCGGAGGCCGUGCCGGCCGAGGUGCGGGACUGGCUCGCGUCCACCUUCACGCGCCGCAUGGGCGUCACGGCGCGCCGGCCGGAGGACAAGCCCCGCUUCCGCAGCAUCGUGCACGCCGUGCAGGCGGGCAUCUUCGUGGAGAGGAUGUACCGGCGCACAUCCAACAUGGUCGGCCUCAGCUAUCCACCGAACGUUCUGGUGGCACUGAAGGACGUGAACAAGUGGUCGUUCGACGUGUUUGUGCUGAACGAGGCGAGUGGAGAGCACGCACUCAAGUUCGUCAUGCACGAGCUGCUCACGAGAUACGAGCUCAUCUCGAGAUACAAGAUUCCCGUCGCAGCGCUGGUGUCGUUCGUGGAGGCGCUGGAGGCGGGCUACAGCAAGCACAAGAACCCGUACCACAACCUGGCGCAUGCCGCCGACGUCACCCAGACCGUGCACUACCUACUCCUGCAGUCGGGCCUCAUGCACUGGCUGAGUGAGCUGGAGACGCUUGCUGUCAUCUUCGCCGCGGCCAUUCACGAUCUGGAGCACACGGGCACCACCAACAACUUCCACAUCCAGACGCGCUCGGACGUGGCUCUGCUGUACAACGACCGCGCGGUGCUGGAGAACCAUCACGUGAGCGCCGCCUACCGCCUCAUGCAGGACGACGACAUGAACAUCUUCAUCAACCUCAGCAAGGACGACUGGAGAGAGCUGCGUGCGCUGGUCGUCGAGAUGGUUCUGGCGACGGACAUGUCGUGUCACUUUCAACAGAUCAAGACCAUGAAGAGCGCCCUGCAACAGCCUGAAAGCAUUGACAAGUCGAAGGCGAUGUCGCUGCUCCUGCACGCUGGCGACAUCAGCCACCCCACCAAGGAGUGGCCCCUGCACCAGCGCUGGACCGAGGCCCUCAUGGAGGAGUUCUUCAGGCAGGGUGACCGUGAAGCGAAGCUGGGCCUCCCGUUUUCGCCCCUGUGCGACCGAAACUCUACGAUGGUCGCCCAGUCACAGAUCGGAUUCAUGGACUUCAUUGUGGAGCCCACGUUCUCCGUGCUCACCGACAUGGCCGAGAAGGUGGUGGUGCCCCUGGCCGAGGAAGCAGCCAGGGCCGGCACACCAGGGGUGCCACGCCGCGGCAGUGCGCCCCGCUCUCCACACAGCGCGGCAACCGUGGAGUGGCACCGCGGCAAGCGCGCGGCAAGCGACGGCUCCGUCACCUCCAUCUGCACCGUCGACCUCCUCCAGUUCCGCGCGCUGUGGCAGAAUUGCCUCAGCAGCAACAAGGAGCGCUGGAAGGAGCAGGCGGCGGCGGCGGCUGCAACGGCUUUAACCGCGACCCCCACUGGAGAUGACAAGGAAGCUCCCAUGCAGGAGGAAGAAACGACAGCAGUGCCGGCACACGAGCUGCGCAGGGAGCCGGAUGACGGCAGGCGACAAUCCACAGCUGCCCUGGAACAGAUCGCCUCCGCCGAUCAUGCUGACGAUGACGCCGAUGAUGUCAGUCAUGGCAGCAUGGGCGACCAAGAUGAGGACCAUAGCGUCGGCGGCGACGAUGAUCAUAACGAUGGUGGCAACGAUGACGAUGAUGAGGCAGCGGAGAACACGGGAGAAGAUCCCGGAGAGAGACUUGCAGACGAGGAUGCAGGGUGGCGAGAGGGCGGGCACGCCGGGAGGGCGAAUGACGUCGAGGUCACCGCCUCGUCGGACGUGUCCCUCCAGUCGGAGCCGUCGCUCACGUCCGAAGAGUCCGUGUUGUCCGAUUCGAAGGACAAAGAGGACUCGACAAUGCUGGAGACAGGUGAGGCUUCGGUAAGAACCGGUGUGGAAGAAAACGUCUUGUUGGACCAUUGACGCCACCACCACCAUCAUCGCCAUACUCAGGACUGACAGUGUGAAGAGUCAAUUGUGAAGUUGCAAAAAUAGUGAAACAAACAAGUGGGAAAGAGGGAGGAGAGGACGGGGGAAAGAGGCGAGCACAAGGGGGCUAAAGUCGUUUUGUUUCAGCAAUGUAUGGGCAUGCUCACAGGUUGAAUGUUUGUCAUGACCAUGGGCAAGCUCAGAAACAGCCUUUUCCACUCAAACUGGACAAUCAAACCAAUAAACCGGGAAUCACACGUUACAUAGCUCUGAUCUGAGUCGCAGACCGAUGUACAAAGAAAUCCCUUUACCGUGGGUCAGUUUUUCGACAAUAUUUUUUGUUUAGCUUGUUACAUUUGCAAAUGUGUACGAUGGCUGACAUCUGUGCUGGAACAUUGCCCACAAUUGUAGCUGUAACCCUGUUGGUGUUCAAGCUGACACGGAGUUGAAGUUAACUGUCAACACUGAAAUCAUAAAGGACUAACAUUAAACGUAACAUGUAUCAAUUGGUCUGUUUUAAAAAAAAGUCGUGUCCGUGAAAUGAAUGAAAAUGUCCACCAUUAUUUAAUUUAUUGCGAAUUUGUUUAUGGGUCUGAUUUUCCACGAAUCACAUUUGGUAAAACAAAAAUGGUCGGUCCCUUCAGUCUUAUGCUCAUGUGAAGGUAAAAUGAUAUAUGUACUGCAGGGUAACGCAUGUGACUGAAAAAUCAUGUUUUAUUGCAGAGAAUGUCAACAGCAUACGUGUGGUGUAUUUAAUUAUUUAGAAUGUUUUUAGUUUGUGAAGUAGAAUAGUAAAACAAUCAUAAACACUACUUGCGAGGAGAUGUUAAGGUUUGCAAAACCACUCCUCUUUACUCCGUUCAUCCAAACUCCAUCUAACAUAAAAAAAAGAAAAUAUCUUGAAUCACACACACACACAUUGUAAAUUGGCCUGUCAUAUUCCGGCUGCUGCAUUAAGACUUUGCCUCUGAGCAGCACUCUAAUAAUUAAACAAAUGCUGUUUCAGCACCGUUUGCAUCAUGGCUGCUUUGCGAGUGUUAACGUGUUGGUAUUUGAAAUACAUUCUGGCCGGACAGCACGGAGGGCAUUAGGAUGUGGACUCGCAGUUCGUUAUGCUGCUGCAGCAGCUCGUGGAUUUGUUUACUAACAUGAGUCGGGCACCAUAGCGACGGUCGUUCUGACAUCAAGAGGGAAAAUCCACACGGGUUUCUGUGGCGUAAGGAAAAAAAAAAGAAGAGACAUUUAGGGCUCGAUUUAAUAGUAAAUGCUUUUGGUAUAAAUGACCACACACAUAAUCAAAAAUACGGCGUGACUUCGUGUUCUGUUUUGUUAAUGUUAUUUCUUUGUACUUAAUUAUUGUUCAUAAGUUGCUGUGCAUAAUAAACCAGAGGCACUCAGCAGUG